GCCGGAGAAGUGAGCAGAUCAGAUGCGAAAGUGGAAUCAGACCAGGAGCAAGAGAAUCAAAAUCGCUCAUCAAUAAGUUACAAUAAUUAAAAGAUAAGCCUUAAAAAUGGGUCCUUUACGGUGGGGGAUCAUGGCUGCUGGUAAAAUCAGCUACGACAUGGCAACAGCUUCUGCGGCCUUGUCCCCGAAGGAACAUUUCAUUGCGGCCAUUGCGGCAAGAUCGCUGGAAAGUGCGAGGGAGUUUGCAGAUGAGUUCAAGAUUCCAAAAGCGUACGGAAGUUAUGAAGAGUUGGUGCAAGAUCCGGAAAUUGACGUUUGUUACAUCGGGACGCUCAAUCCGUUCCAUCUUGAGCUGGGAAAGUUGGCCUUGAGCCAUGGGAAGCAUGUCCUUUGUGAAAAGCCCCUUGGGAUGAACGUCCGUGAAACGAAGGAGCUUAUUGACUAUGCGAGAGAGAAAGGUCUGUUUCUCAUGGAGGGGAUUUGGAGUCGUUUUUUCCCCACGUACAUGCGGCUCAGGGAGGAAAUCGAUAAGGGCUCGAUUGGCGACGUUCUUCAAGUUUUUGUCUCCUUCGGUGUGCCAAUUUCUGAAGUUGAUAGGAUCAAAAAGAAAGAAUUUGGUGGCGGCAGUGUUCUUGAUAUCGGGAUUUACUGUGUCCAGCUGGCGCAAUAUGUGUUCGGAGGAGACAACCCUGUCAAGAUCAUUUCCGGAGGCCAUCUCAACGAGAAUUUGGUAGACGAGAGCACGUCAACCACGCUUUUGUAUACUAACGGACGUACCGCUACGUUGGUGACGCACACAAAAUGUCAAAUGCCUAAUGAGGCGUGCAUAAUUGGGACAAAGGGUACUUUGAAGCUUGAAUGCCCAUUCUGGUGUCCCACCCACCUCACCCUUGCGGACGGCAAGACGCACGAGUUUCCUCUCCCACCGGGAAAGGCCACAAAAUUCUUCAGAAGCAUGGGACUUUCGUACGAAAUGAGUGAAGUUCGACGCUGCAUCAAUGCCGGCAUGCUCGAGAGUCCGACCGUGUCUCACAAAGAAACUCUCAGGAUUGCUGAAAUUAUGCAAUCGAUCCGAAAAGCCGUGGACGUUGUGUAUCCACAAGAUAUCAUUUAAUUUCAUUUCACUGCUGAUUCCUUAUCCUAUCACUAAAUAAAUAACUACUAUCAAUCGUCAAUGUCAUCUCUGCUCCAAAUAAACAUACUUUUACCAUUCCAUUAAA